AAAAUAAAAGAGGAUUUUUAUUGACCCCCUCAAAAGUUUAUUUCAAAACAAAAAGCUGAAAAAAUUCCCCUAUAAGAAUCUAAAUGAGAAUCAAACAAAAAUUUAAAGAAAUAAAAUUUUACACUUUGGACAAAAUGAAAUAUCUAUAAUUGCAUACAAAUGAAACUUGGCCUCAUCCAAAAUUAUUCGGAUCAUCUCGAUAACAUUGACUUCAUCCUCCUUGCUCUAUCCGCCCAGCACGCGAAAAAGGAGAAGAGAACAAAAUGUUCAUCCGUUUAUUCGCAGAAUCUCCCCCUCUCUCUCUCUUCCCGAAGUUGUUUUGAGUGUCCGCUGAAACCAAACUGCAAAUCUGCAAUUGCAAAUGCUUUGUUUAAAUCUGCCCGUCUCCUCCAAUUCCAAACCUAGCCGCCCCCACCCGAUAAAUGCUUCACUGUUCAAUCCCAAUCUUCUCCUCCAGAGGGCUCGUAAUGGGAGGAACGUAGACCGCCCAUCCUCUUUCCUGAGAAAACCCACUUGUCAUUUGGACGAUUAUGGCGCCAUAAUCAGCAAACCCUGCAAAAUCCAUGACUACCAGCCCCAAAUUCCUCAUUCCGCCCGCAGCAAGAUCACAAAUUUUAGUAAACUCGACGCGCGCACUUUUGGGCGUUCUUCAAAAGCUCCAUCUUUCGUCCUCAAAUCAGCAUCCCAAGUUCCGCAUGAAGCAAAUCCAGAGGAACAAAGCGAGGUUGCAAACCCUAAAAAGCUUCAGCUCGCCAUUAUAUUUGGUCUUUGGUACUUUCAGAACAUUGUCUUCAACAUCUACAACAAGAAGGUUUUGAACGUCUUCCCGUUUCCAUGGCUUCUUGCGUCUUUCCAGCUCUUCGUCGGAUCCGUGUGGAUGUUCCUUCUCUGGUCUUUGAAGCUACAGCCAUGCCCUAAAAUCUCCAAGCCCUUCAUCGUCGCUCUCCUCGGCCCUGCUCUGUUCCACACAAUAGGCCACAUCUCAGCCUGCGUCUCAUUCUCCAAGGUCGCCGUAUCGUUCACCCAUGUCAUAAAAUCUUCAGAACCAGUUUUCUCAGUCGUGUUCUCCUCCUUCCUCGGCGAUUCGUACCCUUUACGGGUCUGGCUUUCGAUCCUCCCCAUCGUUCUCGGUUGCUCUCUGGCCGCCAUUACCGAAGUUUCCUUCAAUUUUCAAGGCCUGUGGGGCGCUUUGAUCAGCAAUUUUGGAUUUGUUCUGAGGAAUAUUUACUCAAAACGAAGUUUACAGAGCUUCAAGGAAGUAAACGGAUUGAAUUUGUACGGUUGGAUCAGUAUACUCUCACUGAUUUAUCUAUUUCCCGUGGCGGUUAUGGUCGAAGGGUCUCAAUGGAUUGAAGGUUACCGUCGAGCAAUCGAAGCCCUGGGUAAAUCGUCGACAUUCUACGUUUGGGUGAUGCUGUCGGGGGUGUUCUACCAUCUGUAUAAUCAGUCAUCUUACCAAGCGCUUGAUGAUAUUAGCCCACUGACAUUUUCGGUGGGGAACACGAUGAAGAGAGUGGUGGUGAUUGUCUCCACUGUUUUGGUAUUCAGGAAUCCAGUUAGGCCAUUGAAUGCGCUUGGAUCUGCCAUUGCCAUACUCGGCACCUUCUUGUAUUCGCAGGCAACCAGGGCCAAAAGUGCCAUGAAAAUUGAAGGUGAAAAGAAGAGUUAAAUUAAAAGCAAAAAAUAAAAAAAUAAAAAAAUCACAUUGUUAUUAUUUCUUUGCAUCUGAUUUUCCUGAUUAUAUAGCAUUUGCAUCCUGCUGUAGUUUUCCAGAGCUCUGAACAAUAAAUACAGCGGCUGGGUAUUGCUAUAUUACUAUUA